UUGGCCUGAAGAGGGCAGCAAUGUGUUUUCGCUGCGUCCAGAGUCUGAAGAUCGAGAAGAAGUCUGUAGAGAAACAUGGCAGACAGAGAGGCGGACACUGUCAACGAUGUUAGCGGUCUAAUACAGAGCUGCGAUGGUUCAGGGAGCGCUGGGUCCCCAGAGGAUGAGAGCCCGGACAGGCCUGAGCAUGGAGCGGAAGCCCAGUCCACCAAGGACCUGAAAAGCGUCCUGGUCACCAGCGUUUUGAACUUAGAGAAGCUGGACGUAGACUUGUACAGAGGGACUCAUCACUGGGUACCGCGCUCCCAGCGUUUGUUUGGGGGUCAAAUAAUCGGUCAGGCCCUUGUUGCCGCGGCGAAAUCUGUCGCUGACAACUUCUAUGCCCAUUCUCUUCACUGCUACUUUGUGCGAGCAGGGGAUCCUAAGGUUCCAGUGCUGUACCAGGUGGACCGCACAAGAGAUGGUCGUAGUUUCACAGUGCGCUCCGUGAGGGCCAUCCAGCACGGACAGCCAAUACUGAUCUGCCAAGCGUCCUUCCACAAGCUGCAGCCGAGCCCUGUGCAGCAUCAGUUUACCAUGCCUGUGGUCCCUCCGCCCGAAGACCUCCUCAAUGUGGAGGAGCUUAUUCAUCUUUAUCUCAAUAAACCAGACCUGUCGGAGAAAUUAAGACAAGGCCUUAACAAACUGCUGGCUAAUGAGAUCCCCAUUGAGAUAAAGCCAGUCCAGCCACUACCCUCUUACAGACCUGCUGCCUGUGAGCCGAAGAAGCUGUUCUGGGUGCGAGCACAUGGAUACAUUGGUGAAGGCAACAUGAAGCUGCAUUGCUGUGUGGCUGCAUAUGUGUCAGAUUAUGCAUUCCUGGGCACUGCACUGUUGCCUUACCCCAGCUACAAGGCCCAGUUCGUGGCCUCUCUGGACCAUGCUAUGUGGUUCCACACCACUUUCCGCAGCGACGAGUGGAUGUUGUACGAGUGUGACAGCCCAUGGGCAGGGGGCAGUAGAGGACUGGUUCAAGGCAGAUUGUGGCGAAGAGAUGGGGUCCUGGCUGUGUCCUGUUCCCAGGAGGGAGUCUUGAGAGUGAAAUCCCUCACAGAGCCCAGCAAACUAUAAAAACAUUCCUCAGUCUAAUUUAUGUAUAGCUCCAUGUUGUCCAUUUUUAAAAUAGAUUAAUAUAAUAUAAAUAUAUUGAUUAUGAGGUUUAUGAUUUCUGUAUGAAGAACAUGUUGACAGUCAAUAAAGAAUG